GAGCUGAUUCUUAGAACAGGGGUUCUUAGAAGUGGUGAUGCAAGAAGUUUCUAGGAAAGCGCUACCAGAUUUUGACAAAAUGUCUUGCGCAGCAGACAGCUGCAUCCAGUUCACACGCCAUGCCAGCGACGUCCUGCUUAACUUAAACCGCCUGCGCAGCAGAGACAUCCUCACAGAUGUCACCAUUCUGGUAAACAGACAGCAGUUUCGUGCCCACAAGACUGUCCUCAUGGCAUGCAGUGGGCUCUUUUACUCAAUAUUCACUGACUCUCUAAAAUGCAACAUGAACGCCUUCAGUCUGGACCCGAAGGUUGACCCAGAAGGCUUUGCAAUCCUCCUGGAUUUCAUGUACACUUCUCGCCUCACUCUGAAGGAGAGCCUCAUUGUGUCGGUCAUGAACACGGCCAUCUACCUGCAGAUGGAUCAUGUUGUUGACACCUGCCACAGAUUCAUCAAGUCCAGUGACUCCUCCAUCAAAUUGCCCAGAGAGGAUUUCCUGGUCAGUCCUCUGCUUUUACAUCAAGAUGUUCAUGGUUACAGGCCACAUGAGGUUGUGGAGAGCAUGGCAGCCCGAUCAGGCUCUUUCCGUGACGGAAGGUCUUGCAGUGGUAUGUUUAAUGUAGUGAAUCCUCCCAACAGCGCCUAUCAUGUUUAUAGCCAGCUCCCCAUGCAGGCUUUCCCUUUCCCUAUCUGUAAGCUGACAGAUGCCAAAAACCCUUUCCCAGACUUCGCCAAAGGCAGCAUUCUCCAACACAAACACUGCCCACCAGGCGAAGACUUUGCUCGGAGCACCAACUCCAGCCUCUCUAGCUCAUGCCACACUGACGCCUACUCCUCCCGGGUGCUGGGAAGAAAUGAUGAAAUGAAAAGGGACAGCAUGCAAGGCAUGGCUCAGUCUUUUGGUACGAGCUCUAGAAAGCAUGGACUCGCCAGCCUGUCCCAGGAGCAUCAGAGAGACUUGAGCAAAGAGCAGACUCCUUUGGCUGAAGACGAGCUGAGCCAGCGGCCCUAUUCUGUGGGUAUGGCCUCAAGUGGGCGCAAGACUCAGAUUGGCAGCCCGCAGAGCCCUUUAAAAUCCGACUGCCAGCCCAAUUCACCCACGGAGUCGAGCAGCAGCAAGAACGCCGCACUCUCCCACACCUCUCAGCCUCUGACUCCACAGGGCACGCAGGACCCGAAAGCUCGCAACUGGAAAAAAUAUAAAUUUAUUGUGCUCAAUCAGAGCACCAAGGAGGAAGAGAGCGGUGCUCAUGAACCUGAGAUGCGCUCGCCCCAGAGGCUGGCGUUUCAUCCCUCGUCUGAAUCUGAGCAUCCAGACAUGCAGUCUGCCAGCACAAAGAUCACUGAUCAUGGAGAUGACUUUACAGUGCCCCAGGCCAGCCGCCUCAACAAUAUCAUUAACAGAGGUUUGGAGGGUUCACAGAGGAACGGUGACUGCCACUCUUCUCUUUAUAUGAGCCACUUAAAGUGCACAUCCUGUGGCUCACAAUCCCCACAACACUCGGAUGUUUGUCCCAACACUCCUGGCUUGCACCUUAAUGAGGAGAUGGCUGAGCUGCACUCUGAGUAUUCCGACUCCAGCUGUGAAAACGGUACCUACUUUUGUAACGAAUGCGACUCCAAAUUCGCAGAGGAGGAAGUUUUAAAACGACACAUGCUUCAGGUCCACAGUGACAAGCCAUACAAAUGUGACCGGUGCCAAGCAGCAUUCCGUUACAAGGGAAACCUCGCUAGUCACAAGACGGUACACACAGGAGAGAAGCCGUAUCGAUGCAACAUCUGCGGCGCACAGUUCAAUCGACCAGCUAACCUCAAGACCCACACGCGCAUCCACUCUGGAGAAAAGCCAUACAAGUGUGAGACCUGCGGGGCUCGAUUCGUUCAGGUGGCUCACCUGCGUGCCCACGUCCUGAUCCACACGGGAGAGAAGCCAUAUCCCUGCGAAAUCUGUGGCACACGAUUCCGGCACCUACAGACGCUCAAGAGUCAUCUGCGCAUACACACAGGAGAAAAACCUUACCAUUGUGAGAAAUGUAACUUGCACUUUCGCCAUAAGAGCCAGCUUCGGCUGCACUUGCGACAGAAGCACGGUGCCAUCACCAACACCAAGAUACAGUACCGUGUGUCCACAGCAGAUCUGCCGGAUUUGACCAAGGCCUGCUGAACACCACAUGCACACACACCCCUCUAAGGGCCAAACCACAGCAUUCUCUGAGCCCUACUUGGACAAUCAUCUGAAACUGUAGUGCCACACUGUGUUGAGACAAGAAGAAAAAAAAAAAUCGAGGCAUUUAAUGCCAUUCUACGGGUUUCUCUAUAUGUGAACAUAGAACCACAAGGUCUCUUGUCACUUUAUUGUUUAUAUUUGCAUAGAAAUAUUCAGUAAUGUUGAGUGUUUUUAAGCUUUCAGUUAUUCAAAAAAAAAGCUUUAUUUUGUUUGGGUGGGAGGAGGAGGAUGGAAUGGGGGGACGAAGUGAAAUCCAGUUUUUGAGAUUACAGUAUUUUAUAUCAAGUUACUUUUCAGAAAGUAUUGGAAUUUUAAUUGAAGCUCGGUAUAUUUUAUGGCAGUGUAAAGAUUUGUGUCCAGAGCUUAUGACGUGUACAGGAUACACCACACUAAAUUGGCGUCCUUUACACAAAAAAAAAAAAUCACAUCUUGGCGGUGCCUAUAAUUGGGGUUUCUUUGUAUAUGAGAACGAUUUGCUCUCAAAGUGUAAAACAUUGCAUGAGGUGGGUUGCUACUGGACAACAUUCAUUAAAGUAAGAAAGAAGUUGGACAUGAUGCAUAGAUCUAUUCCCAAGAUUGCCUUCUGCUGGCAGAACCAAUCUUUAAUUAAAUAUUAAAAUAUGCAUUAAAACAGCUACUGCUACGGUACAAGUUAUUUCACUUCAAUUGUGUUUGUAUAGAAAUGUGACCAUUUGUUAGCAAGUGAAGGUUUACAUUUUUGUCAUUGUUCUAGAAGCUACAGUAAAGGUAUUACUGCGCUUUUUGCCCUCUUUAUGUAUACACACUGUGUAUUUAAGGUGCCUUUCUUAGUGGUGACUGAAUUGCUUUCUGUUACUCUGCUAAGGUACAAAUGAAGGACACCACUUGUCCUGUUUUUUUUUUUUUUUGUUUGUUUGUUUUUUUUGUUUUUUUCUCCCAUUUUGUGUGUGUACAUGUUUUUUACAUGCUUUUCACAAGUUCAAAGAGAAAAAAAAUGCAAUGCAAUUCAUUAUUGCUUGAGCUGUGCAUCUUUAGGACUCUUUUUGGGAUUGGGCUUUUUCUAAAAAUGCAUUAAGCUAACUGUAUAUGUGUAUGAAUGUAAAAUAAAAGUAUUGAAUUUCUAUGUACAA